AUACAAAGACCAAGACAUUUGAUCUCGUCAUUAGUACAGUCGACGUCGUCGUCAGCGGCAUUACACGAUUUCCGCUCCGACGACCGAUUAACAUGGAGAGUCUUGCCGAACUCAAUGGCUAUCUGCUUAAGAAGAGUCGGCAGGGACGGUACCAGAAGCGGUGGUUUGAAGCGACGAGUCACUACCUGACAUACUACAAGAAUGCUGAAAGCGACAAGCUGCUCGCGUGCAUUGACCUGUGGCGGAGCGGAAACAUUCAACUGGGCGUUCCCGCUGGAACCACGACGACAGAUACGUCCCCAGCGGAUUUCUCCCUUCGCAUCGGGGACCAGGAUUAUCUUCUUCGGGCGGUAGACCACGAUGAAGCCAUUCGUUGGGUCGAGGGAUUGAAAGCUCGGCAAGUCAAGCAAGAAGGCGCCAUCUCCGACUCGUACAGCCACCACGAAGAGUGCUACAACGACACAUCCAGCGAAGUGUCGAGCGUGUACAACGACGACACCCGCGCCAGUCUAGGUCCCAACUCGCGUCCGACGUUCGCCGCGUUGGACCGAGAAGAGGCCGCCGCACAAGCACUCGUCGGCGCGUCCGUUCGCCACGCCCCUCCACCUCCGAUCAUUCCCCUGCAGACAAAGGCAUCGGCGUCAUUCCGAUUGGCCGCGCCGCCGGUGGUUCCUGCCGCGGUACCGCCGCCGUCGCCUUACUUUUCCGCUCCCCCUCCUCAAGUCCACAAGACACACGACAACGAUGACAAGGUCACUGUGUGUUGUGGCCGAUGCCAAUUCAUGUAACAAGCGUGAAAUGUCCAUUUUAUAUAUGCGUAUACACGUUGAAUUGCCUA